AUGGUUCGCGGUACAAUCGCAGUAGAAGAAGCAAUCAUUGACCCUGCUGGAGUUUCAGCCCUCUCACAGUGGGCAAGUCUCCUUUCCCCAGCCCAAAAUGCAUCAACAACCAUGACCGCACACGAACGUCGUCUCCUCGACAUCCAUGACGAGCGACUCAAAAGCAUGGAUGAAGAAGGCGUCGAAUACAUGUUACUCUCCCUGACUUCUCCCGGCUGCCAAGGCGAAGCCGACCCCUCCAAAGCAGAGAAAAUGGCUACGGUAGCAAACGACUAUCUCUCUGGUGAAGUGAAGAAAAACCCUAAAAGAUUUGGAGCCCUGGCUGCGCUGAGUAUGCAUGAUCCUGUCCAGGCAGCCGGAGAAUUGAGGAGAGCUGUGAAGGAGCUGGGUAUGUUUGGUGGGCUGGUAAACGACUUCCAGAGUACUGGGGAAGAUGCAGGUGGAAAGGAGUAUUUCGACACAGCAAAAUAUGAUCCAUUUUGGGAAACAGUGCAGGAGCUUGAUGUGCCGAUUUACUUUCAUCCAAGAUAUCGUAUCAAGCAGGAUCUGGAGCCAGAGACGCAGUAUGGAGCGAGGAAGCACCUGCUCGGUGCAGGUGUUCAGUUCCAUCUAGAUCUAUCGUUCCAUUUGUAUGCCGUGUGCUCGAGUGGCAUUUUUGAUAGAUUUCCCAAGGUUCAGAUCGUGGCUGGACAUUUGGGAGAAGGAAUACCAUUCAACCUGUGGCGAGCUUCGCAUUGGUAUAAUCACCCAUACAAGAAAAACACUCGUCCAUCCAAAGAAGACUAUGCGUACUACUUCAAGCACAAUGUCUCCAUAACGACAUCUGGUAACUUCUCGACCACGGGAUUGAAGUUUUGUAUCAAUGAGAUCGGUGUUGAUAGAUGUUUGUACGCCAUUGAUACACCGUACGAAAAUGUGAAAGAGGGCCAGGAUUGGUGGAAGAGCGUGGAUCUACCGGCUGACCAGAAAGGAGCUGUUGCGAGGACAAACGCAAUCCGACUGUUCAAGCUGCCUCUGGAGGAGUGAUAGAUAGUUAGUAACGAAGUGUUGUG